CAUGUUUUUAGUCUGUUUUCAAGGUUCUUUAAGGCAAUGAAUAUGAAUUCUAAUUGCCAUUAUUUUACAUUUUCAUUUUUUUCUGUAGAACUGAGAAAGUAUUGAAUUGAAUGAUGGUGAAGAUUAUUUCAGCAGCCCACCUAGUGGGAGUCCUAGUGGUGUUGUUCUGCUGCAGGUCAGGCUUGGCAGCAGCAGAAUACAUGGCAUACAAGGACCCGUCACAGCCUUGGGAGGUAAGAAUCAAAGAUCUGAUGGGCAGAAUGACUCUAGCUGAAAAGAUUGGUCAGAUGACUCAAUUGGAGCGCGCAAAUACAUCGUUCGAGAUCCAAAGGGAUUUCUCAAUCGGCAGUGUACUGAGUGGUGGAGGAAGUGUUCCUAAACCACAGGCCACUCCAGAGGACUGGAUUGAAAUGGUUGACAAUUUCCAAAAUGGUUCACUUUCUAGCAGGCUUGGCAUCCCUAUGAUUUAUGGCAUUGAUGCUGUUCAUGGUCAUGGCAAUGUGUACAAGGCUACCAUUUUCCCACAUAACAUUGCACUUGGAUGCACCAGGGAUAGAGAGCUUAUAAGGAAAAUUGGUGAAGCAACUGCCCUUGAAGUUCGAGCUACUGGUAUUCCUUAUAUAUUUGGCCCAUGUAUCGCGGUCUGUCGGGACCCGAGAUGGGGUAGGUGUUAUGAGAGCUUUAGUGAGGAUCACAACAUUGUCCAAGAAAUGACUGAUAUCAUAUUAGGAUUGCAAGGCGAGAGUCCAAAGAAGGGUGUUCCAUUUGUUGGUGGAAAAAAAAAAGUAGCAGCAUGUGCAAAACACUUUGUGGGUGAUGGAGGUACCACCAGGGGCAUAGAUGAGAACAACACAGUGAUUGAUAUGCAUGGAUUGUUGAGCAUUCAUAUGCCUGGCUACUAUGACUCGAUAAUCAAGGGUGUGUCUACUGUCAUGAUUUCCUAUUCCAGUUGGAAUGGAGUGAAGAUGCACGCUAAUCGCAACCUAAUCACCGGUUUUCUAAAGAACAAACUCAAAUUCGGGGGUUUUGUUAUCUCUGAUAUGGAAGGUAUUGACAAGAUUACCACCCCACCAGGUGCAAAUUACACUUACUCGGUUCUUGAGGGUAUUAAUGCUGGCAUUGACAUGGUCAUGGUUCCAUUCAACCAUACCUUGUUCAUUGAUACUCUAACAACUCUUGUCAACAACAAGUUUGUCUCCAUGGAUCGUAUAAAUGAUGCAGUUAGGAGAAUUCUGAGAGUCAAGUUCACAAUGGGUCUAUUCGAGGCUCCUUGGGCCGAUAAGAGCUUAAUUGACGAGCUAGGUUCUCAGGCACACAGAGAUUUGGCAAGGGAAGCUGUGAGGAAAUCACUUGUUCUGUUGAAAAACGGAGCAAAUGCAGAUCCUCCUGUGCUACCACUACCCAAAAAAGCAACAAAAAUUCUGGUUGCUGGAACCCAUGCUGACAAUUUAGGCAACCAAUGUGGUGGUUGGACAAUUACUUGGCAGGGACUUACUGGCAAUAACCUAACUACUGGAACAACCAUCCUCGAAGGCAUUACAGCUGCAGUAGAUCCAAGCACAGAGAUUGUGUACAAAGAAUAUCCUGAUCCAGAUUGGGUAGAAUCAAACAAUUUCUCAUAUGCCAUUGUUGCUGUUGGUGAGCUUCCAUAUGCAGAGAUGUUUGGGGAUAGUCUAAACUUGACAAUUGAUGCUGGAGGUCAAUAUGUGAUCACCAAUGUAUGUGGAAAAGUUAAGUGUGUGGUGAUACUUGUAACGGGUCGUCCUGUGGUGAUCGAGCCCCAACUUACCAACAUUGAUGCUCUAAUUGCUGCAUUUCUUCCUGGUACAGAAGGAGGAGGAAUUGCUGAUGUUUUGUUUGGUGAUUAUGGUUUCACUGGAAAGCUUUCUCGUACUUGGUUCAAGACAGUGGAUCAGCUCCCUAUGAAUGUUGGUGAUGCACAUUAUGAUCCACUCUUCCCCUUUGGUUUUGGACUCACAACUGAUCCAGUUGUUGCAAAUUAGACAUUGUUUUAGAGAUUUAGGAUUAAUGGUAGAGUCAGUCUCAAUUUAGUCCUUUUGUCUUUUUAUUUUUUCGGUAUUAUUCUUUUUUGAUUAAUUAACAGAGGAUAUGGUCCCUUAUAUUUAUUAAAAUUCAAAAGACUUUGGUUUUAGAAGUAUAAAUUAUUUAGUUUAUUUGAAGUAUAUAUUGCAUUCUUUUUAGUGCACCAAUUCACAAACUUUGUUUUAGGACUAAGUU